AAACAAACAAGUGUACGAUAUUCUUCAUUUAAGUCGUAAAAUGGAAAAAACAAUAUCCAUGUGACAAUACCAAAUGGACAAAUCCAACAGUGUUUAAUGAAAAUCGGUCUAAUUAUCGAGUCAAACAAGUGUUGUAGUACAAAUAUUUUGAUCUGUUGCAAAGUCGAUUGGUUGUGUCGUAUCGCUUUAGACUCCAAAAAUCACCGUCUUACGUGUUCAUUGAUGAUUGUUGUUGCGUUACAGCUCAUGAGCAGUGUUAACAAAUAAUAAUAAAGCAGAAGUGAUUUAAAUUCCAAACUUGGGCAGCAGAACAUUUAAUUCUGCGGUAAAAAAAAAUUAAGGCAAAUUGAAUUGUGUGCAAAUACACGAUGUUAUUUGCAUGGUCAACUUUAUUUGUGUUAAUCACCAUCAGCAAGCAGACUUACGGUGACGAAGAAUAUAAAGAAUUUUCAACGAUUGUGGCGCAUAGUAAUGGCACAGAAUCCGAAUCGACUGAUGCACAUAUUUCAACAAUUCAGCCAGAAUUUAAUGCGGUCCCGUUCAACAAUCCCAAAAUACCACUUGUUAAUAGAUCACCAUUGGAUAAUUUUCCCGAUGAUUUUUUCACUGAUAAAGAACGAAGCAGUGGUGCAGUAAUUUUUCAUAUAUUAUGUGCGAUUUAUUUUUUUGCAUUGCUCGCCAUCGUAUGCAAUGAUUAUUUUUUGCCAUCAGUGGAAUGUGUUUGCGAGGAUUUGAAUAUAUCUAAGGAUGUAGCCGCCGCGAGUUUUAUGGCUACAGCAACUAUUGCACCAGAAUUUUUUACAAAUGUUAUUUCAACAUUUGUGGUCGAUUCGGAGGUUGGGUUGGGAGGUGUUUUGGGCUCAUUAAUGUUCAAUGUUUUGGGAGUGGCUGCAUUCGCCGGACUGGCAGCAACGAAUUAUGUUCAACUAGAUUGGUGGCCCAUUACUCGUGAUUGUUCGUUGUAUGCAUUAAGUGUUUCAGUUUUGAUACUAUUCACACGCGACGGACAGAUAUCAUUCAUCGAAUCUACAAUCAUGAUAUCAUUGGUUUUAAUUUAUUUUUUGGUAUUUUUGUUCAAUAAGCAUCUUAUGCACUGUGUGAAAUGGUUCAUGGAGAUUAACUUGAACUUAUGCCGAGUAACAAGUUAUGAUAUGCCAACGUCAUUUGUUGAAAGCAAUCUAAAAGAUGCAAUCAGCUUACAACCCGACGAUUUGCGUAAAAUGGCAAAUAUUGAAGAAAAACCAAAAACAUUGCACGGAAGCUUAUCCAAAUCAGCACUUAACGAUAUGACAAUUUUCAUGAUUUACAUGAACCCAGCGUUGGAGACAAGCAAAGAUGACACCGAACGAAAGUUGGAAAAAAGUUUAUGGAAUUGUCCAAUGACCGGCAAAUUAAACACGUUGUGGUUUAUUUACACUUGGCCGAUUAAAUUUUUACUUACGCUGACCAUACCAAACCCAAAAACAUUUCGUUGCGCCUAUCCCCUUACAUUCAUAAUAAGUAUCGUUUGGAUCGGUUUGAACUCUUAUAUGAUUGUAUGGAUGAUGACCAUUAUAGGGUAUACGUUUCGAAUCCCGGAAGCAGUGAUGGGUAUGACAUUUCUUGCAGCUGGUAAUUGCACGCCAGAAGCUUUGUCGAGCAUUUUGAUGAUUCGAAAGGGUGAACGCGGCAUUGGAGUUUCUAAUUCGCUGGGAUCAUCCACUUUAGAUAUUUUUCUUUCGCUAGGUGUGCCAUGGUUCGUGCGAAACUUACUGCAAUGGUAUAAUUCAAAUCCAAAUCCAAGUGUACUACUUGAAUCAAGUGGAACCGGACCGACUAUCUUAUUGUUGCUUGCUUCAGUUUUCCUACUUUAUGUGAUACUCUCGAUUGCCAAAUAUCGUCUGACCAAACUUGUUGGACUAAGUCUAUUUCUAGGAUAUACAAUUUUAGCCAUUCUCAGUGUAUCGCUUGAAAUGAAUAUAUUAGUUUUCACUAGUUGA